AAAGUCAGCAAUUGGAGCCAAUCUCGUGGCCAAGAAAACGGAGUGGGGACACUAGUCCGGUUUAAAUACAGGGCGCUCUAAAGUGGAAGCAGCAGAGAGCGAUGGACAUGGAAGAGGCAGAAGGAUUGUUUCCCUUCCCUACGUACGAGAGUGCAUACUACGUGCAAAGCCCUUCCACCGUCUCUCACGCCUACAGCAACCUCGAACCACCGUCCACAUCCUUCCUCCACCAUCCCCCCCAACGAGCCAUCUCCACAUACACCCUCUCUCGCCACUCCUCCCGUGCAUCCAACAACUCCUUGGCCUUAUUGCCCCAAAACGGGAACGAUCCCGACCCCGUCAUUUCCGACAAUACCGAGAAGCGUCUUGUUGCGUUCGAUGGGGACAUGGGUGGUGGUGGUGAUGAUAAGGAGGAUGCUGAUGAGCAAGUGUAUUACCAAGAGAAAGUGGAGUGGUGGAGAUACUUGUCCUUCGGUUAUAAUCCCUCGUCCAAUGCUUGGAUUUUGUUGCAGAUAAGUUGGAGGAUGAUGGUGAGCUUGGGAAUGGCAUUGCUCGUUUUCUAUUUAGCCACCAAACCACCAAACCCCGAUGUUUCCGUCAAGAUGCAGGUGGAAGGGAUCCCAAAUUUCAUAUUGGCAGAGGGAGUGGACGGCACGGGAGUGUCCACAAAGAUCUUGAGCUGCAACGUAUCGAUGCGACUUUGGGUAGACAACAAGUCGAAGCUCUUCGGCCUUCACGUUCAACCACCUCUCAUUCACCUCUACUUUGGUCGACUACCUCUCGCCAUCGCUCGUCAUGGUGGGGAGUUAUAUGCCGGGAGCAGUGGGACGACAUCGUUCGGGAUGUACGUGGGGACGAGGAACAAAGCGAUGUACGGGGCAGGGAGGAGCAUGCAAGACAUGCUGGACGGAAGCAAGGGAGGCCUGGCUCUGAGGGUUGGGGUGAGAUUGAGGUCGAGCAUUCACGUGGUAGAGGGACUGGUGCACGUCCGGUUCCAUCACCAAGCCCACUGCUUGGUGUUGCUGUCCAAAGCUGACGACGCCCUAACAUUUAACAGCACCUGCACACUCGUACCUCCUACAGCUUCUUGAUCCAUUCACGCAUGCCUGGUUGAGGCCAAGCCGUCCAUACAUCUACAUCGAAGGAGCAAAAUCUAGCAAAAUUCUGAAGCUCCUCAUGAAGUUCCUUCCAUCUGUUAUCAUCGUAUACAUGUGAAGGAGCAAACUUUUGCAAGUCUGUAAUGUCUCUUACUACUUGAGCCUAUUUCAAAGUAAUAUACACAUCGAAAAUCUUAUAUUUUUCUGCAUACCAAA